ACUUAGCUUUCCGAAAAAAAAAAACCAACAAAUCUGUCAAUAAUAUAUGCUUUAUGUCUCGACAAGUUUGUCUCAAGGGUACCUUCAAAAUUUAAGAUUGUUUAUGAUUUCUUUUAACCUCAAUAUCCUGUCUAUAUACAACCAAUCAAUUCACAUAUCAACUCUCUCUCUCAAAUAAUUGGCAGUCUAAUUAACGAGUGCUUAUUCCUUGGAGAAUUCACAAACACCUAAUCAUAAUUCAUAUAUAGCAAAAAUAAACUUCCACCUUGUGUUGACGAUAAACUUUCAUUAUCCAUUGUCAUAUAGUCAGUCAUGGUUUAUCCAUCGGAAAUGCGAGUAUUGAGUGCUUUGAAUGGCCAACUAUCAACUGGAAGGUCCUUAAAGAAAAAUAACAACAACAACGACAAUGAUGUUCGAAUCUUGAUUAGGACAUUUUAUACUCGAAAUAGUAUUCAUGCUAUCAAUAACUUUCUUCGAGAAUCAACUGGAAUCUAUGAAAGAUCAACAUGGUUCAUCGUUUGGACAAUAACUGUGAUAGGCUUGUUGUAUGUGAGUAUGAUUCUGUCACAACGUUACAGAGAAGGAACUUUCCAAACGGUUGUUGCUAGCACAACUUAUCCGGUCUACCAGAUAUCCUUCCCAACCAUCAUAAUUUGCAAUACAAACCGUUUGAAUUGGAAACGUCUUGAAGCCGCUCAAGAACGAUUUCUUCCCGGCGAAACAGAUAAACAAAAACUUGACCUUUUCGCUCGGUUUGCGGCCAUUUUUAAUGAAAUGGCAUUUGGAAAAUUCGAAAUGAUUGGAAAUGUGUCUGAUCAACCUUUGCAAAUUUUGGAUGGGAUUAAUUUUACAAAAGUCGUCACUUUUAUGACAUGGACUUGUGAGGAGUUUUUGGCAAAUUGCCAAUGGAGAUAUGAUAACUUCGAGUGUUGUGAUGAAUUUGAGCUGCAAAAGAGUGAAAUUGGUUUGUGUUUUGCUUUUAAUGGAUUGCAUAGUGAACGAUCGAAGAAACGACAGAAAGCUGAUAAAUUUUAUCCUUAUCAUAAUUCGAAUUAUGGACCGAAAAGUGGAUUGCAAGUGAGAUUGAUGAUUAGACCCGAAGAUCAUGUGCCGGUUAGUGAUUUUGACAAAGGAAUUCUUGUUACAAUCCAUGAACCACCAGUUUGGUCUACAGAUGCAUAUUUUAUUCCAUGGAAAACGGAGACUUCGGUGGAAGUUGAUCCAGUGAUUUACUUUUAUGAUGAAGACACUAGAGUUGUCAAAUCGGGAUUGAGGAAAUGUGUUUUUGAAGAUGAACGUAAUAGUGAAGACUUCAAAUCCCUACCGGGUCACGUUUACAUGUAUGAAAAUUGCCUUUCCCAAUGCCGCGCCGAGUACCUGAUGCGCUACUGUAAUUGCACUCUGGAUUUACUUUUUCCUCAAGGUAAGUAUCCAGUAUGUCAGGCGUCCGACUUUCUAUGUAUCUACAAGCAUAAAGAUUUCUUCCGGUAUACAAAACGCAAAGGCGAAGACGAAUACGUCUUCAACCGGCAUCCGGGCAUGACAUGCAAGUGCUUCCGCAAUUGCAUCUCAUUGAAUUAUAUCAACGAAGUGCGGCCCACCUACCUGCCGGCAAAUACCCUUAACAGCUCGUCCUACGUCGAUCUGGAUGUGUAUUAUCGAUUCGAUUCGAUUGUCUUGUAUCGCACAAGUUUAGUCUUUAGUUGGUUGGAUUUGGUUGUGUCCUUUGGUGGAAUUGCUGGCCUUUUUCUUGGAUGUUCGCUAAUUAGCGCUGUGGAAAUUUUGUAUUUUCUUUGUGUUGACAUUCCGAAAUUCUUUUAUCGACGUUUAAAACGACCAAGGAUCACCCCAAGGAAUACUCCGUUGAUAAUGGUGAAUCAACACCAUCACCACCAUCAGCAGCAGCUACAGCAACAGCAAUCGUUCCAGCAACAACAGAUAAAACGAUGGGCCGAUGGAUACCACCAUCUACCAAAAGUACCAAGGCAAUACAAUCGACAAAUUUUCCAUGUAAAUGAAGAGAAUUACCAAAAAUAAAGAAAAAAAA